AUCCCCUCUUCAGCAGUAGAGAUGCCAGGCUCUGCUGACGUGUCCGGCCUGAAUGUGCAGUUCGGCGCACUGGAUUUUGGAUCUGAGUCCACUGUGGAGAAUCUCAACCAAUCAGAAAGUAGCUGUCAGGAACCUGCAGCCGCUUCUCAGACCCAGAGCAGCCUGUACUCCAAGUCCUCUGCCAUCAGCGAGUCUCUAGGUGGCUUGCCUCAAGCAGUAAUGGAGUCCAGUUACCCAUCAGCCUCUCUUGUGUUACCGAGCUCUACUGCCCCCCCUGUCCUGGCUCCAUCCUCAGCUAGCAGAGUGGAGCCGUCCUCCACCACCCCUCUCAGUAAUGGAUUCAGUGAAAUGAGGACACCCAGCACACAGGAAGCAGCUGCUCCAUCCAGCACCCCUCAGCCCGUAUCCACAGCCCUGUCCGCAGAGAAUGGCUUAUCUUCAUCGCUCUCAUCUUCCUCCUCUUCAACAACAGCGCCUGUCCUGAGCACAGCUCUACCAUCGCUUAGCAGUCACGUGAGCAGCGUUAACUCUCCUGGAUCUUCUGUGCCCAACAGCUCUUCCCUGAGCACACAGAUGGGCGCCGAGGUGAACGUGAGCCUGUCCACGUACUCUGGCUCUGUGUCGAACGCCUCCAGCUCGACGGUGAACUCCAACGGCCUGGGCGCUGCAACCCAGAGCCUCGCCGCUAACGGCGCAUCCGCUCCCUCUGCUGUCCGGUCUGCACCGCUGCAGACCAACAUCACACCCUCCAACACCUCCGGUAAAGCUCCUCCUAACCUGGCUCAAGGAGUGCCGCCGCUGCUGGCCAGUCAGUAUAUCAUGGGUCCUGGUGGCCUCCUUCCUGCUUACCCGCCGAUCUAUGGAUAUGAGGACCUACAGAUGAUGCAGUCCCGCUUGCCCAUGGAUUAUUAUGGCAUGACUUUCCCUGGUACAGCGCUAGCUGGCAGAGAUGCAGGAUUAGCAAACAAUCCCUACUCAGGUGAGCCUACCAAAUUUGGCCGCAGCGACUCAAACUCCCCGGCCCCUGCCUCCAGUCUCUCCUCGGUGCCCCCCUCGCAGUCUCAACAGAGUGCUGUCCCCCCUCAUAAUCAAGGGCCGCAGAACCCAGGUCAAGCCCAGCAAGGUCAGACCCAGGCCUUCCUCAACCCCCCUCUGCCUCCAGGCUAUGGUUACACCAGCCUGCCCUACUACCCCGGGGUGCCGGGAAUGCCCAGUGCCUUCCAGUAUGGUCCCACUGUCUUCAUGCCUCCAGCAUCCACAAAGCAGCACAACAUGGGCCCGUCCAGCCAGUACCAACACCAGGCCGGAUACAGCCAGCACACGUAUGGUCCAG